CUUCCCCAUGCGCGCUUUUCGCUGUACUAUGAUGAUGAAACGCAGGAUUUGUAUCCCGAGCGUCCCCUGUUGUUCAACAGCGUGUCUGCUGCAUUUACCACAGUUUUCACAGCGAGUUCGACAAGGCUUUCCUGUGUACUGGUUGGAACUGGUUCAGGUAAGCAAUCCGGAUCGUAUCGUUUACUGACGGAAGUAACCAGACUAAGUACCGAUUUCUUGGUGGACACUUACUCUGGAACACGUUCAACGCACCCAGGCUUGGGGCGUCGUUUAUCUCAGUUCUUCCGUCGGCUCAUUUUAAUGUUUUUAAUGACAGGUCAUGAACAAUUCGCCACACUCGGAACUGAAAACGAUACAAGGCACAAAAUGGAUAGUACAGGAACAUCGAUCACUCCAAUUUAUGAGACAGUUCCCCGCAGUCCAUUCUCAGUUUCCAAGACUGAGGGCAUUGUUUUGGGGCUGUUGAUUUUCUAUUUUCUUGGUACCGUGGUGACUGGAGUAAUUUGCUGGUUAUGCGCCAGGAGACGUUUGCUCAAAAAACGCCGAAAACUCCGGCGUCCUGUGUCACCUCAUUUUGAAAUUGGCCCCAACCAGUUGCACAUCAAAUACACUGAUGAAGAUUCAAUGUGA